AUGGCCGCCUGCAACAACAUUGAGCAAGGCGCAGACAUGACUAUCUUUGAUGAACUGCUGGAAGAGCGCAUUCAAGAUGCUGCCUCGGCCAUGUCGUCUGGCUGGUCUAUUGUCGAUCCCAGCGAUGCGUCGCCCAUCACUCGUGGAGGCGCAGGAAUCCAGAUCAAUGCUGAUGGCACGUACACGAUCAAACACAGUGCCACUCUCAAUGUGAUGGUGAUGGCCAAUUUGUGCUUUACCUGGGCCUCUGCUCAAUUUGAGAAGAUCAGGGACUUUGGCCUAGCUGCAGGCAAACGCCCCGGCUGUCUAUUGCUGGGUGACAGCGGCGUGGGCAAGUCAAUCUUGAUGAUGACGUUGGAGGGUGUUCGCUUUGAGGAGGGUCGAACUGCUGGUGGACGCAAGCAGCUCAACCUUGAAUACGGCACCCCACCGAGAUACCGCGGCCUAGUGGGCAACGGGACCGAAGCGCACACGGUGAUACCUCGACUUGCCAUGCUUGAGGAUGCAGUCUUCAUUGACCCUCCUGGCUGGACAGAGACGCGCAACGAGACGCUCGGCCUCAUCAACUGUAUUCUACUACGACAACUCCUCGAGGCUAUACAGCGCAGACGCAUUGUACUUGUGCUUAAUUAUAAAAGCAUGAGCGGCGCUGGCUAUCUAGCCAACCAGCUGCAAAGCCUGAACCGACUCUCGCCCGACUUUGCAGCCUUGCAGCCUGGUUUCGUUUGUCUCUUUAGCCAUUUGGAGGCUGAAACGGAUGCAGAGGCCAUUAUUGAGCACCUCGAUCAACAUGCAACCCGCCUGGAUGUUUCCGAGUCUGUUUUUCAGCAAAAUGUGCUUGCUCACAUCAUUUCUCAGCUGCGUCGCUGGGGCAACGCGCUAUUGCUUCGCCCACACUUGAAGCAGCCCUCCCCAGAACAUCUUCGCGAUUUGCUCAUCAACGGUCUCAGUGAUUGUCAGGCCCCAUCCAUACCGCUGGGUUCACCCCUACAAGAUGGCAAGUUGGCUGCUGUGCAAAAUGCCGCCAACAACGUGCUUGAACGCCUACACGACUGCUUGAACGAUUCUGAUCGACCCAGUUGGGCCUCAGGUGUCAAGAUGUUGUCCACGUUACGCCGACUCAGUGCCCUGCUGGCCAAUGCCUACAUCACCUCACUGUAUGACAAAGCCUUGGGUUCUUUGUAUGGCAUGUUUUCCUGCCACACGCAAGGCUUUUUGAGCACGCUGCGUCAGAACAGCUUUGAAGCUUCGCGCGACCACUUUGCGGCACUCCAGCACCUUGAUGCUUACAACAAAGAACUGCGGCAGCAUCAAGCAGUCGACCACGGCUUGUUUGCCCGUCUCUACUCAUACUGCGGUCUUUCGAUGCCAGAGACUACCACUUGGGACCAGGAAAUGCUCAAAAGUGACCUUUUAAAGCAAGCCCAAGACUGGGGCACGACCCUGGCAACGCAGACGAUGGAGGCCAACCAAGAGCAGUCGUUUGCACCACGACCAGAGGCGAUUGAAGUAGCCACAACUUUGACUCGCUUUGAUCAGCAUCUGGGCUCUCUUUGUUGCGAGUCUCCCCUCUGGAACCCAAUUGCACAGGAUCUGCAACGACAAGCACGCGAGAGCCGAGCUAUUGGCAACAGCAUCAUCGAGUGCCUGUCCCAUGCGGACACAUCCAACAAGACUCCAACAAAUGCAUCGUGGCAAGCUUUGCGCAAUUCUUUCAAUCUACUUUCACGGGCCCAGGCCUACAGUGCUCUCGUUGAGCUCGAGGAAACCAGAACCCUGUUUAAUGAGCAGCAAGUGCAGAUAAGCCACGCCUACGAAAAGGUGUGUGAUCAUGUCGCUGAGAUUGUGAGUUGCUUGGCCCACGAGCACGUUGACGCCGAAGCCAGCCGGGAUCUUUGCAUCCUGAUGCAACUACUCCGGAUCUUGGACGACUCCUUUGACAAAGAAUGUCACGCUGCUAGCGCCAACCGUCCACAGUAUCGGGAGCAGCUGGCGCGUUUUGAAGCAGCCAUCCGUGAGCGCAUCUGUAAUGCCAUCUCCACAGCCCAAGACGGGGCCCGCCUCGAGAAAACCCGACAAGCACUCGACCAGCUUCUGAUUCUGCUUAUGUGCUUUCAGUCCAAUGAGGUGGUGCGUGAUGCGCAUCGCCAUGCCUACAGUUUGCUCUGUCAGCUCGCCACCAAGCAAAGCAUGUGCCAGGCCAAGCUCAAUACCAUUCUUCAAUACGAAGCAAACGGAGAAACGUUUCGCGAUAUGGCUGUUGCCAUUCGGGAGCUUGAGCUUUGGAGUUGGCUCGACCCGAUGCUUGCAGACGGUCGCUUACUGUGCGAGCCCACCCGUGCCAAUGGCGAUCCAACAAACGAGCCCAGCCGCAGUUUGUCCAUCGCAAACAUACAGAGCGUUGUCGAACAGACGGUGGAGGGUCUUCGUGAGUGUCUGCGUGCAGCAGUGGUCAAUGUGUCGUCGUCUCUCAUGAACGUCAACGCUGUGCAGCCCGAACGUGAGCUCGAGUGCUUGAAGCACAUGCACCCAGUGAAACAAGUGAUAGGUGAAGAAUUUGUCGAUGAGCAAGUGGCUCUGCUUAUCAAUAACCUUGGUGGUGUGCAAACACGCUUGAGUGCCUUUGACAUAAGCCAAACCACUGAGGGCGUGCGCGAAGAAACGCUGCAGUGGCUCUCGUCUUUGACUCUGCAGGUGGAGCAGCUGAGCUCUUGCUACCCCAUGCUGCGCAGCACAGCAUGGGCAGCGUUGUUGCAAAGCCUGGCAAGCAGCCGUGCUCAGAUCGUCGACAACGUUCGCGCGUUGGUGAGGCAGCUACAUGAAGCUGUGCGUGAAAAAUUGGCAAGCCCGCAGCCAGCAACUGCUGGCGCCGAACUUGAUCUUUUGGCCAGCUUGGUGCGGAGUCAAGAUCACGAAAUUCAAUCCAUUGUGGACCCCGUCUACAAUAAGGCUCAACAGGAUCUGCGACGCCGCUUCGAAGAGCUGCGGACCCAAUACACGGAGCACAUGAGUGCCGGUGGUGUGGAAAUGGCACAGACAGUCAAGAACGUGCUUAUCAGCACAGUGGUCCUUGAGUUGCAUUUGCCCGAGGUAGCCGAUAUCCUGUCCACCCUCGAAGUGAUGGAUGCAGAAGCUAUGACCAAGGUUAAAGAUGAAUUGUCACGCAGUCUGGCGGACGUGGACUACGACCAAGUUCAGGGAAUUUUGACCGAAGUCCGGCAGGCGGCCCAGCAAACGCCUGAGUGGCGAGCACCAUUCAGUACUCUUUGUGGGCUUGCUAAACGUGAGCUGCAGCGGCAGACAUCUGAAGCUUUGAACGCAGCCAAGCGCCACGCUCGCACUUGCACACGCGCGCGUGCACCCACCGAGGCACGUGCGGACGCUUUGAGCCAACUGGACGAGCUGGAUCGCUUCUUCUUCAGCCUGGAGGUGCUUCACGGGGAGGUUACCGAGCCCGACCUGCAAAAGAUUGACGAAGGCUUUGCCGCAAUCGUGCUGAAGGUCGCUGAGGACUUGUCACGACGCCUGGGCAUAGCUCUUGCUGCGUAUCGCUUUACCGCAUUUCACGAUCUGUAUCUUGACCUCGAGGCGUGGGAGUGUUUGAGCCGCAAUGAGGCUGCCAAUGCGUGUUUCUUGACCAUUCAAAACAAAGUCAACACAUUGAGUACUGACGUGGAACAACAUGUCAGACAGCUGAUCGCUGCAGCCGAUGGUGUUACGCUGGCUAGUGUCGUACAAGCCUUUGUCAAUGCGCGGGAUGAAAGCGCCGAGCUGUUGCAGCAUGUGCUUGAUCUACCGGCUCUCGCCAACAGAGUCUGCGACUGGGUGUCUAGUGCCGCUGAGCAAGAGCUUGUGGCUAUUCAAGCAUCGCUGUAUCACGAGAGGCAAAACUUGAAAGUGGUCGAGGACCGUCUGGACCGCUACAACCGAUGCUUCUACUUUCCUCUGCAGAGCAAAUCUUUGCCACCCUUUCAGACUGAGCAAUCUCGGUUGAGUCAAGAUCGUCAGCGCCUCCAAAAGGCAAUGCAAAAUAUACUGCACAAGAGCCGGUAUCCAGCCUUGACACCACAGGUGGCGCAUGGCCUGCUCCAACGGCUUAAUACCAGCAAGCCGGAGCACAUGCACGCCUUUAUUGACGUCGCUAAAACCACCUGCCAAAAAGCUAUUGAGGACAUUCUGCAAGGACGAUCCCAUAAUGAGUUAGGGGUCAAGGUCACUCCUGACGCCCUGGAUCGCUUGGCAGGCCUGACUGCAUUUCACGCCGGGCUCACGCAGUCGACGCUCAAUGAGACGUUUGUGCAAGAUAUCUUGGGGGAAGUCCUGACCACAGCAGAGCGCGCCAUUGCCUCGCAGCUUCAUGCAGAUUUGAAGCAGUGCUUCGACUCCUUCGUCAAUUGGCGCAUUUUGGAAGCUGAAGCAGCAUGCGAGACUAUUCAGACCAGCUUUGACCGCUUCAAAGCACUGAGUCCAGCGGCAUCUGUCCCCCUUGAGCCUCUGCUCGCUCAGGUUCUAUCAGAAAAAUCAGUCAAAUCAACCACCUUUCAAUAUGGCAGUGACCGGGUGGAUCAACUCAGUCUUACAGACUUGACUCAGCCAAGCUUUCAGGCCAAAACCCUGUGGGAAAGACUGCAGGUGCUGCAGCGGGCGGCGAAAAUGUACGAAGAACAAGCUCCUGCCAUCGUGGUUCAGAACAGUCGCAUGUGCAACCCUCACGACACUUUGCAAAAGAUUCAGCGACACUGGAGCGACCUGUGCCAGCAAGUGGUAGCGGCCGUUCAGAGUCAUCUCCAUGCGCCUGGGCCAACAAAAACAAUUGGCGCGUUGCAUCGUGUUCUUACCAAACUUGCUUUGGACCCGCAGCCCUGGCUUGAGGCAGAUCUCAAGCAAGCACAAGAAAAUGUCGAGACUAGCUUGAUGCAGUUUGCCGCAGCUGCCGCCGAUCGAGUACCCAGUCACGUGGCCGAGAAGAAAUGGGGACCUUUGAACAAGGAAAUGCGCUUCUCGUUUGAUCUGGCCGCAGACCUGACAUCGUUUUCAGAUGCAUCGCGCAUCGGCACCAUGCAGGAAGAGGCAUUGAAGGCUGAGCUCGACAAGCGAACCGAACCAUUUGUCGACGAUUUAGAGCAGCUGGCAACGUGUCUCGUCAGCAUGCAAGAGCUGGCCUCGAAUAGCAUCUCUGGUCACAUCAAGCAUCAAGUCAAGCUCCUCACAACCAAGCGACUGCACGAGCUUCGUCAGUCGGCCGGUGGCAAUCGCCGAAAGGAGCGUGACAAUGAUCUUUGCCUUGGACAGCUUCUGUCUAGGAGAGAACAUGGCAGGUAUGGAGAAGAGGUCAAAGCAGGCCACCCACAAUUCGAAGCCGCACGCAUCAAACAGCGUCAGGAGGCAACGCUUGGCAUGGGCAUUGACCAGGCUCUGAAGGAGAUGACCAAGCCAGAAAAUUCCGCAAAAGUUUCGCCUGCUCAUGCAAAUCGUCUACGCGAUGCUUAUGGCGCGUAUCGCUCCGAGUUUGAAAGUCACAUGAAGAACCCCAAUCAAGUACCACGUCUGGUGGCCCAAGUGCAAGCCAAUUGCCGCAAACUGGCUCAGACACCUUCCAAAAUGUCACAACAACUGCCCGGUCUGUUAGCACUGUUGUCGGCUAUCUGGAGCCUGACCAGCCUAGCAGAACUGGCCGAAACCACACGAACACACCACGGCAUUUACAAGGAGCUUCAUGUCGUGCAAGUUUUGGCUCUGCUCGAGCUUUUGGGGUUUGGUGCCGGCGAUGAUUCCCUAACUCGUUUCGGCACGUGGAUCAAGGCCUUUGUGGGCGGCCAGGAAAACAAGCUUGGUGGAGCUUUUGUGCAGGUGCAAACUGGCGGUGGCAAGAGCAUCAUUUUGGGCUUUGCUUGCGUGCUCUAUGCGUUGUUGGGCUUCGAUGUAUCAUGUGCGUGCUACAGUGACAUCCUGAGUUCGCGCGACUACAAGGAUUUUGAGGCAUUUUUCAAGACCAUGGGGGUACAUGGCAACAUUCGAUACAGCACCAUGCAGGCCUUGGCUGAAAGGGAGCUGAAUGCGCGGGGAUGCAUGCGUACAGCCGUUCAGCGUUUGAUUGCCGACAACACCCUGUCUAAGCGCAAGAAGCCCAAAGCCUCACGGCCCAAGAUCUUGCUGGUCGAUGAGGUUGAUGUCCUUUUCGCCCCCAUCUUCUUAGCUGAGACUUAUAAUCCCUUGGCAUCACAGAAGGACGCAGACUUUGAGAGUAUCUUGCGGACACUAUGGCAAGAUGCAACACUGUCCCUGGAGCAAGUGAUCAACCUUGAGGCGUCCCAACGUCUCUUGCAACGCUACGCUCAUGUUCAUGACUACAUCAUGACGACUUUGAAGAAGCUCGUGAAAGACCGGGCGGCACAUGCGGCCGAAGAGCACCCGUACACAGUUCAAAAUGGUCGGAUCGCAUAUGAUCUCGCUGGGCUCGAUCAACCUUCAACAAGCACUUUUUAUGGAUAUGAGACUCAAUACGCCUAUCUGACCGAAGAACACCGUGCCGACGAGCCGAACACGAUUCAGUCGAAAUUUGCCUUACAUGCGAAUGCAGGCAACUUCAGCUUUUUCAAGAUGAUUCAGAACUUUGAUGUGGUCGGUGGCCUUUCGGGAACACUGCCCGACGACAUGACAGUGCUGAAGAGAGAACUCAAUGUUCAGCGAUCGACGGCCUUACCCAGCAUGUACGGUGAACACAAAUUGCGGCGUGAUCGUGUGCAGAUUGUUGCAGACUCUGAUCGCUUGCAUCAGCAGGUCGCGGAGGAGUGCUUGAAGCAAUCCGAAGGUCGCGCUGUGAUUGCUUUUUUUAAGGAUACAAAGGACUUGCAAGCGUUCAUGGCAUCCACCCCGUUUAAAAGCCAGCUGGCAGGCCUGACAAUCAACAUCAUCGACAAGGACCAAGCCGACAUACCGCAGCGCAUCCACCAGGCUACCAAUGCGGACACCGUGACACUGGCAACAGCCCCUUUUGGCCGUGGCUCGGAUUUCGUCGUAUUGGACCGCAACAUUAUCGACAAUGGCGGCGUGCACGUGAUUCAGACGUUCUUGUCACAAGAUAUUGCGGAGGAAAUCCAAAUCCAGGGGCGUACGGCGCGUCACUCCAACCCAGGAAGUUACCGUUUGAUCCUAUCAUUGCCGGAUCUGAAGCGUCUACUCGGCUCUGACUUGCUCAAUUCAUUGACGGAGGGUGCAUAUGAGGGUGUGCCUGACGUGCUUGAUCAAGCGCGGCGCAAUUUGCACAAGGAAACUUUGAAUAAGUUGUUUGACAAGUUGAAGGCUUGUGAGGGUAGCCAUGCCCGUUCGAUGCAAUUCAUGGACGCACUCUUCGCCGGACCCGAAGGCAAUCCAGCUAGUUCAACGCUAUACCCCGCCACGAAGAACCCCUUCGUGGUUUACACAAGUCAAAUCAAAACAAAAAAGAAGAAGAUGCAACGAAAACCAAAAAGGAAAAAACACAAAACAGCCGAGCCGAUGAAAAUGGAUAAGGUUGUUCGCAUACAUGAAGCCAAUGUGACGAAAUACACCGCACUACAAGGGCAGCCACCCAUCAAAAUCAUCAGCAAGAUCAGCUCCAGCGACAUCAGUGUAGCCAACAUCAUCAGCAGGAUCAAAGUUGAGGUCUUCUUCCUCAGCGUUAACAUCCAUGUAUGCCUCGGGGCCAUCAUCCAGGUCGUCAUCCAGGCCAUCGUCACCAAAAGGGUCGUCAAGCGCACCCUGGAAAGUAACAUCAUCAUACGUUGCAUCGCCUGGUACAUCCAGAUAACCGGCUUCCUCCUCCACACCAUCAACUGCAUCGAGACCCUGCAUGCCGCCGAGCUCCUCAUCGGCGCCAACGGCCAAGUAGCCAUCACCAUUGCCGUCCAUAUUGUCAUCUUCAUCAAAGUCCGUAGGCGCCACAUCUUGGUAGAAGCCAUCCUGAUCGAUGUCUGA